CGGCUGGGCGAACUGCACGAACUGCGCACUAUGUCACGUGGUGGCGACAAUGUCCGCUGUGCAUAAGCUCUCAACACAGUCGAAUCGGUUUUUCGCAAUACUUCAACAUUGGCAACAACCUGUUUCAAGGUGCAACACUACUACAAGAAUCAUCAAUUUCAUCAACAAUCAUAAAACUUUGUCAGCGAGGGUUUUAAGUACCAUGUCGCGUCCAAAAGUUUUGGUUACUCGUGGGGACAUUCCCGAGGUUGGGUUGAAUAUUCUUCGAGAAAAAUGUGAUGUAGAUGUCUGGGACAGUUUGUCACCGAUACCUCAAACAGAGUUACUCAAGAGAAUAUCCGGAAUUGAUGGCCUGUACUGCUUAUUAACGGAUUCGAUAGACAAAGAAAUUAUUGAAGCUGCUGGAUCACAGCUCAAAGUUGUUAGUACAAUGUCCGUUGGAUAUGAUCAUCUCGACCUUCGUACCCUGAAAGAUCGGAAUAUUCGAGUUGGUUACACUCCUGGAGUACUAACAGAGACCACAUCCGAAUUAACAGUUGCUUUAUUGCUUGCCACUUCUCGAAGACUUCUGGAAGCUAAUAAAGCAAUGAGAGAGGGUCAGUGGAAAGCUUGGUCACCAUCUUUUAUGUGUGGUCCAGGGCUGGUUGGUGCAACCAUUGGGAUUGUUGGAUUAGGUGGCAUAGGGACAAGGAUAGCGCAAAUGCUUGCUGUUUUUCGUCCAGCCAAGAUCAUAUAUGCGACUAGAAGUGAGAAAAAUAAAGAAACCCUUGGAUUCAACGGCGAACGCGUUAGUUUUGAUGAACUGCUUGUCCAGAGUGAUUUCGUUAUAGUCACAACAGCCCUCACACCUGAAACUCGAGAAAUGUUUAACGCUGACGCUUUUCGAAAGAUGAAAAAAACGGCGGUCUUUAUCAAUGUUAGUCGAGGCCAAGUUGUUGAUCAGGAUGCGCUGAUCGAUGCUUUGAAAGAUGGUACCAUUCGAAGUGCAGGCUUGGAUGUCAUGACUCCUGAGCCCAUUCCGCUUGACAGUGAACUCCUCAAACUUGAUAAUUGUGUUGUAAUUCCGCAUCUCGGGAGUGCAACAAUCGAAACGCGGCAAGAGAUGGCGCGGAUGACAGCACUUAAUAUUAUGGCUGUCUUGAAUGGGGAACCAGAAAAAAUGCCUGCUGAACUCGAUUUUUGAAAAUGCCAUAUAAACAAUAGGGUGAUGCAAAAAAAAUCGAUAUUUCAUUUCUCGGAGCGUUACUAACGUAAAUUGUUAGUAUAUCAAAAAAAAGUAAUUUCCCCAAAAUUUUAGAUUAAAGAAAAAAAUUUUAGAUAGUGCUCAAGCUACUUUUCGAUAUUUUCCUGUUUUUUUUUCUCAAAAAUCGUAAAGCAAAAAAUGUAUUUUUUGAUCUCAUAGCAGAAAGUGUCAGAGCUCCAUGGAAUCAUAAUUCUAAUAAAAUUUUGUCACUCAAAAAAAUGUAAAGGCUACCUCGCAUAAUUUAUUUCUUUUUUUUCUGUAUAUUUAGCUAUAAAUCAAGAGAUUAAAAAAACGUGUGGCUAUAAAUGGCAAUUUUUGUUGUCCCUACAAAAGAAGCUUCGAAUGCACUUUGUAAAAACGUAGUUUUUCAAAAUUACACGUUAUAACAAAUAAUUUUGUCAUAAAAAUGAGUAAAAUAUUUUGACCAAGUUCUGUUAAAAAAAAAUGUAGACUAACGAAUACAAAAUUGCAAAUAUUCUUCACCAAACUUCCAAAAUCGGCCUCGUAAUGUUUGUGGAUACAAAAAUAUUAAAUUAACAAGACCGAAAUAGGCUUAUUGUAUAACAUUACUAUCCUGUACAAUAAACACAAAUAGUUUGAUUGUAAACAAACAGUUUGGAAUCAAAUUUUUGCGAUUUUGCAUUCAUUAUACUACAUUUAUUUUCCAUCAAAAUUCAGUCAAAAUAUUUUACUAAUUUUUAUAACUAACGGGAAAACUAAAAAAAUCCUAAAUUACGUCUUCUAUGGUGAAAUACCAGAUUUUGAAACGGAAAAUUUCAAUUCGACAAAAUUUUGAAAAACUACGUUUUUACAAAGUACAUUCGAAGCUUCUUUUGUAGGGACAACAAAAAUAGUUAUUUGUAGCCACAUUUUUAUUAAUCUCAUAAUUUAUAGAUAAAUAUACAAAAAAAAAAAUAAAUUUUGCGAGGUAAUCUUGAAAUUUUUUUCAGUGGCAAAAUUUUAUUAGAUUUAUGAUUCCACGGAGCACUAACACUUUCUGCUAUGAGAGCAAAAAUAAACAGGAAAAUAUCGAAAAGUAGCUUGAGCGCUAUCUAGAAUUUUCUUUAAAAAUUUAAAAUUUUAGAAAAAUUACUUUUUUUUGAUGUACUAACGAUUUCCGUUAGAGCUCCGAAAAAAAAUAUUGAUUUUUUUUCAUCAUCCUGUAUAAUGAACAAAUACAGCUAUGUGUGUAUAAAUUUGGAAAUUAAUACAUUCUAACCUAUGUACUUGAUGCAUGAUGAAACUGUACGUGUAUAUAAAAAAUUUAUUCUACUUUA